AUGGCGUCCCUCGGAUCAUCAAUUAAUAUGCCGACGAAGGCUGGUUUGAGAUUGCUUCUUGUUCCCCUUAAUUCCAAUAUUGUAAUCAAAACAGCAUGCUGCACUGUGGGGGUUGCAUUACCAGUUUACUCCACAUUCAAAGCAAUAGAAGCCAAAGAUCCAAAUGAGCAACACAAGUGGCUUUUAUACUGGGCAGUUUAUGGGUCUUUUAGUGUUGGAGAGAUAUUUGCAGACAGAUUCAUAUCCUGGUUUCCACUUUAUUAUCACAUCAAGUUUGCUUUUCUUGCAUGGCUCCAGCUUCCCACCACAAGUGGGGCUAAGCAAUUAUACAUGAACCAUUUGCUUCCUUUCUUAUCGAGACAUGAAGCUAGGCUUGAUCAAAUUGCGGGGUUGUUUUACAACAAAAUUGAUAAAUUCAUCAGUGCUCAUCAAGGCGAGUUUGAAUUCAUGAAGACUAAAAUUAUUAAGAUUCUGAUGUCAGGGAAGCAGUUGGUCAACGGUAGCAGUCAACCUGUUGCAACACAAGAGAUAAGAGCAAUUGUGGACCCACGUGAACAGGUGGAAACCUCUGAUUCGACUGAUGAAAUUAAAUGA